AUGUCAGAGAUAUACUUCUACAAAUGGGUCGUCACCAGCCAGGUGUUCUUCCGCUCCAAGUACUGCUACGCGCUCGUCAACGUGCGCCCGUUGGUCCCCGGCCACGUGCUAGUGGUGCCCUUGCGGACGCUGGUGCUCAGACUCGCCGACCUCCUGUGGGAAGAGCUGACCGACUACAUGAACACCAUCCAGCUCAUCCACAAGUUCAUCCAGCAGACGUAUAAAGCCGACGCCCUUAAUAUUGCCAUACAAGACGGGCCCGAGCUGGGCCAGCUGGUGCCGCACCUCCACACCCAUAUCAUCCCUCGCCAUAAGGACGACGGUUGGGGCGACUCCAUCUAUAAGGCGUUGGAACAGCUGGACCUUGAGGAAGAGUAUAAGGAGUUCUUUGCCCGCAAAAAGGCUUACCGCGACCACCACGGCGCCGAGCUUGAACAGAAGGACGCCGACAGAGUCGACCGUUCCGCUGAAGACAUGGCCCAGGAGACGGAGUCGUUGCGCCGCCAAUUGAGCGCUUACAUCGCCGAUAUUGAUCGCCAGCGCCGCGAGGACGCGGUGGCGACCCACUUUGACUUUGAACGCGUUCUCCACGACAAAAGCUACUGA